AUGCAGACAAUUCCACCGCGCCCAAUCAAACGAAAAGUUACUUUCGUAGAAACUCCAGAGAAACAAUCGAAGAAGAAGGAGAAAGCUCCUAAGUUCUACGAACCAUUACGUCCUCGUCAAUUGACUUCAUUACAUUCAUUUGAUAUGAAACUGGAGACUGUCGCUGAGGAGGAGAGUUCCGAAACAAAGGAGAACUCUUCUACCAACGAUUGA